UAUAUAUAUGAAGUUUACACAACAUUCAGUAUGCAAUAUACACGUUCUACACUUUGCCUUUUAAAUUUACUACACUGUGCAAAUCUUCCCAUUUUAAUGCGUGGAAUGUUUCUCCUCUUUCUACAGUAGCCUAGUAAUCCAUUCCAGGGUUGAUUUCCUCAGUUUAUUUAACCUGUCACCUACUUGGAUUGUUUUUAAUCUUUUGAUAUUUCAGACAAGACCACAAUGACAAACUUGGUCACAUGACCACAAUGACAAACUUGCUCACAUAUACACUGGUCACAUGCCCGAGAAGUGGGAUUUCUGGAUCAAAGGAUAAAUGUAGGUGAAGUGUCAGUAGAUUCUGACAACAAAACCCUUUUGAUGUGUUGUAUCAUCUCGGACUCCAGCCAGUCGGGCAGGAGGGCAAUUAUUGACCGACAGCCUCGUGGACGAGUGUUUUGUCAAACGUUUGAAUGUUUGCCGGUUGGAGAGUUGAGAAGUGACAUCUUGUGCAGUGAAUUUGCAUCUCUCUUCUUAGGAAUGUGUCCAUCUGGGGACACUUGUCUUUCUUUCCCUGUGAACCAUUUCUUGUUCUUUGAUCAUUUUCUAUUACUGUUGCCCUUUUAUCUCUCAGUUUCUAAAACUCUGUACAAAGGAGGUUAACUGGGAAAAGCUUCUAGUAGAGCAGAGAUCCCUCUCACCCAGCCACCCUGGCUUUCUCCCAGGCAUGAGUUUGGAGCAUCUGGUAGAUGGUGCUGACCUAUUUUUAUGGGACGCGUCCUCUGUGCCGGGGCCUUUGGAUGCAAGUGUGAGCAAAGCCAAUGAAAAUCAGCCUCCUCGAGGAAAGGGCGGCAGAGGAUAAACAGAUAAGUAAGACUGCUCUGCCAUGACCACAGCGCGGUGCCGGCCCACCUGGGACCUGGCCCUGGACCCGCUGGUGUCCUGCAAGCUGUGUCUCGGGGAGUACCCAGUGGAGCAGAUGACGACCAUCGCCCAGUGCCAAUGCAUCUUCUGUACCCUGUGCCUGAAACAGUAUGUGGAACUCUUGAUCAAAGAAGGAUUAGAAACUGCAAUUAGCUGCCCUGAUGCUACCUGCCCCAAACAGGGCCACCUGCAGGAGAACGAGAUUGAGUGUAUGGUUGCAGCUGAAAUCAUGCAAAGAUACAAAAAGCUACAGUUUGAAAGAGAGGUGCUCCUGGACCCCUGUCGGACUUGGUGCCCGGCGUCCACCUGCCAGGCUGUGUGCCAGCUGCAGGAGAUGGGGCUGCAGACCCCGCAGCUGGUGCAGUGCAAAGCCUGCGACACGGAAUUCUGCUCCGCCUGCAAAGCCAGCUGGCACCCUGGCCAGGGCUGCCCGGAGACCAUGCCCAUCACCUUCCUUCCCGGGGAGACCAGCAGCUCCGCUUUCCCGCUGGAGGAGGACGACGUGCCCAUCAAACGCUGCCCCAAGUGCAAGGUCUACAUCGAGCGGGACGAAGGGUGUGCACAGAUGAUGUGUAAGAACUGCAAGCACGCCUUCUGCUGGUACUGCCUCGAGUCCCUGGACGAUGACUUCCUCCUGAUCCAUUACGAUAAAGGGCCCUGCAGGAACAAGCUGGGCCAUUCCAGGGCAUCUGUCAUCUGGCAUCGGACACAGGUUGUGGGCAUUUUUGCUGGAUUUGGGCUCCUGCUCUUGGUGGCCUCGCCUUUCCUGCUCCUGGCCACUCCGUUUGUACUUUGCUGCAAGUGCAAGUGCAGUAAAGGCGACGACGACCCCCUGCCCACCUAGAGGAAGGCGUGCUGCUGGAACAAGACCCCACCUCCGGGAAGCGUGGUUCUCUCCCAUCCCCACCCGCCGUCCCCCUCUCACUAAACAUCUUUCUUGCCUUAUGUGCCCCAUUGAGCUUCACAGUGUCACGCCGGAUGCCGUGAUUUCAGGGACUGAUAUCAGAUCGUUGGCGGAGGCCCCAGGUGCAGUCACCCCGGCAUGGGGGAGGCAAGGCUGGCAUGGGUGGGGCACGUCCCACAGCAUCGGUCGGUCUCUGCAGACUUGACAAGGGAGCUGCUGUAUGGAGCACCAGGUAGUGGUAGACUAGGAACGUCUGGUGUUGCUUAGGAGACCUUCUCUCGCAGAAUGUUGUCCGUCUCCUCCUUGGCUUCAAGCUGGCGCCACGUUGCUGAGAGAAGAAGUCUUUUAAGGAUCGCCUCUCACUUCAGACAGAAUCCAAGUGUUCUGACUUGAGAAAAGCCCUCUGUUUAUGACAACUCUUUUUAUUACUAAUGGCAUUUAGUAAAAUCCUUUUUAGAAGGUGUUUGGUUUUUUUUUUUUCCAACUGAGUAGUGAAAAAUCAACAAGGUGCAUUGAAACCAUCCUAUGCCUUUUCUUGAAAUGUGCAUUUUAAGAAGUUAUGGUUAAAUGACCUUUCUGGCUCGGCCACUUUUCAGGAGAUUGAGAAAGCCUUAUGCGCUCUUUGUGUUUUUCUUGAAACUUGUGGAGACUUUUUGGAUGCUGUAAGCUGUGUACUGUUACCAACAUGUUUCCUGUAUUGUUGCAUUUCUUUGAAAAUACUGAUGCAUUUGAAGGAACAUGUCCAUCCUUAGGUUUGCCUUUUGUUUUUCUCUCUCUGGUGAUUCAGCUCAGCUCACAGGGCUCCUCUCUUUUCACCCAAGUGUCAGUAAAUAUUUUUUCAUGUCUUCGGAAACCAAAUGUUUUACUUGGAAAUAGUUCUGCUGAGAAUCCCUGUGGUUUGGCGGUAGCCUCAGUCUCCUCAAGCAGACAAAAACCAAGCAAAUAGUGACAUUGAUGCCCAGAAGGGGGGCCUCCUAUCAGGGCUGGGGGGCUCCCAGGGCCUGGGGGAGAAGCUUCCGGAGGUUCACAGUUUUUGUAAUGACUAAGUUAAUUUGGAGACAUCAUCGUAGUUCCAAAUCCUGUUGCUUACCAUUUUGCUUACCCUGCUGAAAAAAAUAUUCCAUUUCACUUAGUUAUUUUGAUUGGUCUUUUACAGGCUGUGUGUGUCUAUUACCAUGGCAGCAGGAUGCCCGGAUCAGUAAGACACACGGAACUCCAUCAAUUGCCUUUGGACAGUGUGUUCUUUACAGAAAGUUGACUUUAAUAAUGGCUUUUAAAGGGCAAACUGAUUGCAUCCAACUUGGGACUUCUAAACAUAGUAGAAAGGCAAAUGUUGUAGAUUUAUCAUGGUGGAACUUUUUUUAAAGCUUACUAAGCAUUCCACAAAGGAGUAAAAUGAAAACAAACCCUGACUUUUAUCUCAGUUGUUUGCUUGUGGCAAGCACAUCUGUAAAGUGUGGUGGUGUUUUACAUCCUUGACUUCUGCGUUUGUGUACCUGUCUCAGGUCCUGGUUCCCGUAGAGAGAUGUCUUUAUUUCCUAACAUUUCAUCAGUUAGGAGACACAGGCUCACCUCACUCUUCCCCUCUAGUAUUGAUUUUCUUUUUGAAACUGAAGCCAUUUAGGAACCCAGUCUGUGUCAAAAUUACAUGCAAAAUAUCCUCCUUAUAAUUGCAGUUUGAAAACUCAGUAACAAUAAGAACAUGCCUGGGACCGUCUUUCCGGAUGAAGCCUGAGCACCAGGUCUCUGUAGCUUGAGAUGUUUUGAUCGGGCCCGGAGGUAGAAUGGCUUUUCUGGAGAAAGUGACAACUCCGUGAGGCCUGAAGAUGAGGUUGGUGGCCCAGGCGUGAGACCACAUCGUGAUCUGUGAGUGCGCUUUAAAAUUCGUAUGGAAUACAGCAGGCUCGUGGCCCGUGUCCAGUGGUCCACGGAGCAGGUCUUCAUCAUCCCAGGUCAUCCUGCCUGCGCUCGCUACUGCCCGUUGCAUACAGACGUCCAUACGGUAGUACCCCCCUCCUUUGGGGUGGGAACCAGAGCCUUUGGAGAGGUUGCAUUCCCUGGGUCAGCGCUCAGGUCCCUUUAUUCCUAGCGAGUCGGGCUGUCUUGUCUCUCCUAGAAGAGUCCAUGGGCAAAUCAUGCACAUCCAGAGCACCAAACAUCCCUGUGCCUUUAUCUCUGACAGGCUUAUAGCACGUGGUUUAACCCAGGUAGGGAACACCGGAGAUUCUGGGGCCGGCCGGGGCCAAAGCAGCACCUACUUGCUCUGAGGUUUUGCAUCAAGCAUGCCUCAGAGUGCUCAGUCUGAUUCAGUAAAAACAAAACUAAAACUGUCUACUCCCUAGAAAGAUACCAGCGGGAUCGCAUUGAGAUCCUUACGUAGACUUGCAUUGCCCCCAUCUGACUCCUUUUCGUUCAGGGAGGAAUGCCAUCCCAUUGUUUGUGGGGACGCAGUAUGAACCAGGCUUGAUGUCAGAUGUAAACAGGAUGUGGGAAGGUGGCCCGCGGUUUGGGUUUUGACCUUUCUGUCCCUCCCAGUAAAACCUGGGGAUUCGAUGCUUAGGAGGUGGUCUUGAUUAAAAAUGACACUUUUACAGGUGGUUUUCCUGCUGACUCUGGAAAGUCAGCAGGAAAAGUCUCUGGAAGCACACGUCUGUUUAUUCAUUUAGAGGCCUUUAAAUCUGGGGACGAGGGGAGGAAGAGGACGGAGACAGACCACGGCUGACCCUGCCACUGUCCGGGUGGGGUUCUCUGAGUCCCUUUGGUAACUGACAAGGCCGUGAGGUCUCCCCGGCCGUGCCCGGUCUCCGAGCUUGGUCCUGCCCUGCAUCCUUCAGCCUGGCGAGCCGAGCUCGCCAUCGUCACGGGGGACCAGCGCCAUCACAGGCGUCUCUGUAGAUGUUCACGGGGCAGAGACCGACCUGGGACCUGAGCAUGCGCAGAGCCUUUGACUGUCCAGACCAGUGUCGGCUCCACCUCCAGGGGGAGCUGCCGACUGAGGGACCAAUAUCCGCCACCCCUGGCAUCUUUUUAAAGGGGAACAAAUUCUCUUUACAGCAUAUUAUUGCACAAAACCGGUUUAGCAACCAGGCCAGUUCCCGGGGGAAGGGGAGUACCAGAUAUGCAAAAAUUACUCCAAGAUGAUUUUAUCUUCCUCUCCUAUGUUACAAAUGUUAAAGGUUAUUUCGCACAUUAGAGGAGAGCAUUUUUCCCUUGGUCGUCUUUAAAAAUGAGAGGAUUGGAAAGAACCAGGGUGGGUUUUUUGUAUAUUUCUCAGAUUCUCGUUGAUUAAUAAAUACCCCAGUAUGUGUAUAUAAAUCACAGUAAAAUCAUCAAGGGAAAACAUUUUGCAUGUAUAAAGCUUCCUGAAGGUCUCUUUAAAAAAUACCAAAGCUUGUUUAUUCCUUAUCAUUAACGCAAGCCCUUAUGAAAGUAAACAAAAUAAAGCGUUAUGACUGGUAUUGUCAAAAAUGCCUGCUGGAAAGAAGGGGCUGCAUUAAAGCAGAAUGACGGGUGCAUCCUAACCAGGAGAGCCUGCUGUUUGGGUGUGUAAAGCCCGUGGUCUCCCCGUCCUUGGUUUGCACAAUCCUGUCUUCCGAGAUUCCAGCAGCCUUCAGGGAGGGGUAGGUACCCGACCUUUCCUUCAUUCCAUGCUCAUUUUACCAUGGGUGUAUUUUAAUCUUGUAUAAAAAUAUGCAUGAAUGAGUCAUGCACAUGUAUACAUUAUGUAUUUGACAAGUGGUGGUAAAAACAAAAAAACAAAAACAAGUUUGGUUUGUGUUUUUGAAAUGUCAGUACGUUUUGUGCCACUAACACUGUGAUGUAUAAAAGAGCUGUUUGAAUGCCUUUUAAUGUUGUGUUUUGUACUUUGGAAUCAUAUGGAAAAGUUUGAUUUGUAAUUUCAAUACAUAUUUUAAGUGUA